AUGGACGCCGAGUAUCACCGGCUGGCAGCCAGCAUCCGCCAGCAAGCUGCCUGCCACUCGAAGCCGCGCUACCUCGUUGCCAUCGCCGGGAUUCCGGGCUCCGGAAAAACCACCACAGCCCAUGAAGUCAUCCAUCUGCUGAACCAGGACCCUGCCGUCCACGCCGCUCUCUUAUCCAUGGACGGCUUCCAUCUGUCGCGGGCCACGCUGGACCGACUGCCCGACCCCACAGAAGCCCACCUCCGCCGCGGCGCCCCAUGGACCUUCGACGUUGGCAGAUUCGUCGCGUUCAUGCACGAGCUCCGCGCGUGGGCUGACUCCACGCCCCUGACGACCCCUUCCUCCGGGUCAUGGGCCGCCGCGGAUGUCCUGCGAGCGCCGGCGUUCGACCACAAGGCCAAAGACCCUGUUGAGGACGGCAUGGUGGUGACGCCUGAUGCCUCGAUUGUCAUUGUCGAGGGGAACUACCUUCUACUAGAUGAGCCUGAGUGGAGGGAUCUAGCUCCGCUGGUGGACUACCGCGUCUUUGUAGAUACGGAUCUGGAGGAAGCACGCGAGCGCACGGCUAGGCGACAUGUGCAAGCGGGCAUUGAGAAGACGUUAGAGGAAGGGUAUCGGAGGGUGGAUAGCAACGACUACUUGAAUGGAGUUUCAAUUCGGGAAAAGCUGUUGGAUCCGGAUUUGGUGGUCAAGAGCGUAUCGUUGUUUGAUAAAGCGGAGUAA